GAUAUUUUCUUUUGGGCUCCGUCGCGAGCAAUGGGGGCCCAAUUCACCAGGGCCCGGCCUGCCGUGGGGGAUUUGGUGGUAGUCGUGGGGGAUGAGUUGCGUCUGGGCCGGCUCUUCGCCGACGACGGCACGGAGCAGCCCUUCUUGGUGAGGUUUACGGAUGCACUGGAGCCCGAGCUUGCUUGGUUUGGCACUGGCGCCGUGCAAAUCUUCGACCCUGCGCUAGAAGAGCACAGCGCAGUGAUGCCGCUGGAGCAGGAGAACUGCCCCAUUUGCUUCACUGCCUUCGACGAGGAGUCUCACGUUAUCACCCCGUGCAACCACAGCUUCUGCCGGCAAUGCAUCGAGAAGGCUCUUGCAGCUUGCCAAACCGGCGACCCCACAGAGCGGCCCUGUCCCCUGUGCCGGCAGACGGUGAGCCUUUUUGCAUUGCAGCUGGCACACAGCGGCGACCGGAUGCAUUUCUUGAGCGACGACCUCUCGCCUCUGGAUGGCAGCAUCUUCGUGCUCCGCAGCCAUGGCGAGGUGGGUUUCGCAUCGUUUCACUUUGAGCGGGACACUGCCUACAUCAGUCAUAGCUCUGAGCGGUGCACAUUUGCCGGCCUUGUCCUGGACAAUGGCAGCGAGCCGCCCAGAAAGAAAAUGUUCGAGAGGACCUUCUGGCACGAGGGCUCAAGGACUUUUCACGGCGAGCUUAAUUGGUCACCAGCCACUUGGUACGGCGCUGAACGCUGGCGCAUUGUCAUGCAAUUUUCCAAGGACCUCAUGCAUGUGACCACUGGGGUCAUGAAGCUGAGAAGUCACCGGCACGCCUGCCUUCUGGAUGGCAUUUGGAAGGUGGAUUGGGGCGACAAGACGGAGGGCGAGCUGAUCCGUGUCCAGGGUGGCAUGUGGGAGCAAAGGGGCAUGCGCUACUGGCUGAACCUCACGGAACCCACGCGGCCCUGUUUCGUGUGGCGGGGCCUGGGGGUUCUGCAGUUCUGCGAGCUGGAGAACAACCCGCAGUUGGAGGACGGCCGCAAAUUGGUGUGGGCCACUGAUGACCCGGAGUAUCCCUCCAUAACCUGGCAGCGGUUAAGAGGUCCGCCUGACCGCUACGACCGCAUCGUUUUUUACAAGCUCCUGGGGCCUAAUGGCUUUGAAUACGUUCGGUACCAGGCGCUCACCUCAGAGGUGCAUUUUAGACCUGGGACUCCCUUCGGCAACUGCUUUGUGCAGAAUCUGCGGCUGGGGGUGGAGAGCUAUCACUUCGAGGAAAUGCGCGAAGAUGAGGUGCUGCGAGGCUACGUCUCCUACGAAAAUGCCAGCGAUUGGCCGCUCAUGGACAACGGAGCGCCGGUGCCGUACCGGGUGCCCUUUGAAAAGACCAGCUGGGACCAGGCAUCGCGGAGCUUCGCGGGGGAGGUGGACUUUGUGCGGCACUACAGCAGCACGUGGCAAGGGCGUGCUCAGGUGGUCUACAAGAUGGUCUUUGACCCGUGUUAUUUGUACAUAGAAUCGGGCUUCAUGCAGUCCAUCAAACUCGAUGGAAGCGCCUGCAUGGAGUGCGUGACCCUCUUUGGGCGCGACCUCCUCUACGUGAACGCGGAUGCUGGUCGCUUUCUUCGUGGCAAGGGACAGACCUUUGAGGAGGCGAUGAGCGCCUUGGGUCUCCAGCCCUCGCACUCGCUGCGACAGGCCUUUGACGCGGCCGGCUGAGC